CCUACGCGGAAGAAAACAAACCCAAAACGAGCUUGCACCUCUGUCCGUAAUAACUGGGGAAACUGGUUUUAAACUUCUGUAAUUAAGCUCUUUGGUGCACGUACUUUAGAUAUAAGUCUGUGGACCAGUUAAGUAACGCGAUCUCGACUAUAGCAGUUAUAACACAGCUAUUAAAACAAUGCAAAACUAGCUAACAUAACCGUAACGUGUGUAGGAAAAGCUAACAGCGUUAAACCAGGUGGUCCGUUUCUGAUGAAGAACUAUUAAAUAUCAUCUCAAAAAAUGGACUGCAAGACAGCCAAAAGACCAACUAUUCUGGAAAAGGGCUCUUCAGGUGCGGACAGCUCCAGCACUGAUGAUGAUGUACCACUUUCAAAGCUCCAAACAAAGCCUGACAUCGAGAAGAACCAGUCACCUAAAAGCAGUCCAUCCACUGGGUCCAAAACUUCAGACAAAAGUGGUUCAGAUGUCUCUUCGGAUAGUGAGCCUUUAAUAAAAAUGAAAGCAGUCGCUGCACAAGAUCAGAAACAAGAGAAAAAGGACAGCACGCCGCCUAAAUCAAAUGGCACAAACAACAAGAAAUCAGAUUUGAGCUCAGAUGAAAGCUCUGACAAUGAUCCUCUUGUAAAGGUAGCAAAAGUAUCGUCUAAAGCUGCUAAGAAGCCUUCUCCAGUGUCUCCCAAAAAAACUGUCCCAGACAAAAAGAAUGAAUCCUCAGAUGACUCAGAUGACGAGCCUCUCAGCAAACUUGUCACAAAGCGAGGGGGAAAGGCUUCUGUCACGCCAUCUAGAAAAGCAAAGCCGGACGCUGAACCCAAAAAGAGUGCAUCAAGGAAAAAUGAGUCUUCUGAUGAUUCAGAUGAUGAACCUCUCAGCAAACUUGUCACAAAGCCAGGAAGAAAGGCGUCUGUUACGCCAUCUAGAAAAGCAAAACCCAAAAAGAAUGCAGCAAGAAAAAAGGAUUCUUCAGAUGCUUCAGAUGACGAGCCUCUCAGCAAACUUGCCACAAAGCGAGGGAGAAAGACUUCUGUCACACCAUCUAGAAAAGCAAAGACAGACACAAAACCCAAGAAGAGAGUAGCAAGGAAAAAGGAUUCCUCUGAUGAUUCAGAUGACGAGCCUCUCAGCGAACUUGUCAUGAAACGUGCGAGAAAGGCUUCUGUCACACCGCCUAGAGAAGCAAACUCAAAACCCAGAAGGAGUGCAGCAAGGAAAAACAUUAAAUAUGCAGAAUCGUCCAGUGACAGUUCAGAUGAUGAACCAUUUGUAGAGAUGAGAAAGAAGUUGACAAAGGCAUCUAAAGUGCAAAAAAAAUCACCAAACAAAACAUUCAAAGACAGACCACUAAAAGACAGCAGCUCAGAUGAUGAUGAUGAUGAUGAUGUACCCUUGACGAACCUUGUUGUCAAGAGGAAGAAACCAGUGAAGAGAAACACAAAGAAGACAACUGUAUCGCGAGGGAAUGCCUCCAGAAAAAGACGGGGACCCUCAGAUGACAGCUCAGAUGAUGAACCCCUUAUUAACCUCGUAAAAAACAAAGACAAUCAAAUCAAAGAAAAACGAAAGGAUUUUACUCCAAAGAAGAGGAGCCAGACCCCCAAAAAGUCUAGAAAGACUGUAGAGACAGGAUCAUCAAGCAACAGCUCAGAUGAUGAACCCUUAGUCAAGAAAAUCAAACACCCAGAUGUCACAAAAAUGGUGAAAAUAAUACUUGAGAGGUGUGAUGGUGAAGAAGAUGAGGCGUCAGAAGGUGCCAAUAAAACCAGUCCAGAGAGUUUGGAGGAGGCUAAAGAAGAGGACGAGCCAAAGAAUGAAGCCGAGGAGGACAGUACACAGAUAAAUGGCCCGGUGAACACAGAGGAUGAUGGGAGUGAGCCUGUUGGUGGAGCUGAUGAAAAGCAGCAUAAAGAUGAGGGUGAGGAAGAGGAUGCUCAGCAUAAACAAGAAGAAUUAAACAAACCUGAGUCACAUGUCAAAGGAUCCAAGAGGUCAUCUGUAUCAGGUUUUUUGCAGUGGCUUGUUAGAGUGUUCUUUGGAUGUCUUGCAGCUGUUGCCUGUGGCAUGCUUUAUGCUGUCUAUCUGUCUACAUAUCAUGACAGGAAGUUUUGGUUUUCCUCUAGACAGGAGCUAGAGCGUGAAAUCACCUUCCAAGAAGGCAGUGGGCUUUACUAUUACUAUUACAAGCAUAUGCUGUCAGCACCAUCUUUUGAAAGAGGGUUUUAUGAGCUGACAGUUGACAACAAGACUGUUUCAGGUCAGACUAUCAAUGCAGUGGAGCGUCUUUCUCUGUAUCCAGAGCUCAUCACAAGCCUCUUAUACAGAGUCACAGGCAGCCAGGAUGUCGUGGAGCCGAUCUACUUCUACAUUGGAGCCGUUUUUGGCCUCCAGGCGGUCUACGUCACCGCCCUGUUUGUGUGCAGUUGGGUGAUGAGUGGCACCUGGGUGGCUGGUAUGUUGGCUGUGGCCUGGUAUGCGAUCAACAGACCAGAUACAACCAAAGUAGACCAGGCCAUUCCUCUGAGGGACAACUGGGCGCUGCCUUAUUUCUCAUGCCAGGUUGCUGCUUUGACCGGAUUCCUUAGUAAUAAUAUCAGCUCUGCCACUGAGAUGUUUUGCUAUCUCACCAUGAGUGCCACCACCUUCACCUUCCUACUGGUGUGGGAACACAGCCACUAUGUGCUCUUCGUCCAAGGCCUCUGCCUUUUCCUGCUUGACUCUUUUGACCUGGUGCCGCCACGUAAGAUGGCCGACAUUCACAAGGUGUACCUCAGCUCCUUGUUCCUGGCCUACCUGUUCCAGUUUCAGAACCUGACGCUGCUCAGCUCUCCUCUGCUCUGCCUCAUGAUCGGCUCAGUGCUCGCGAGGUACUUCCAGCAAAAGAUGAAGGUGGGCCCUCUUGUAGCCAGAGUAAUGAAGCUAUUUCUACAUUUCCACCUUGUCUUUACUACAGGGAUUACCUUCAGUUAUUUAGUCAAGAAACUUAUCCCUGUUAGUGAGAGUGACUUUAUAUUGAAAUUCCUGGAAGUAAAAUUUGGACUCAACACAACAACUGAUUUCAUUCCAAACUUCCUCAUGUGCCAAGAGAGUUUGCAGACACCCGGUCAGGACUUUUUCCUCCGACUGACGCAGGCCUCAGUCCUUCCUUUCUACUUACUGGUGCUCUCUGUCUGCCUGCUGUCCACCAUGCAGACCAUCUACAGAAGACUCAGUGGUCAUCCAAUGCAAACCAAACUAAAAUUUGAAGAUGGACAAAUAGGAGAGCAGCCGGAGGUUAUUUAUCACGUUUUUCACACGCUGCUUUUUGGAGGCCUUGCUCUGCUGUUUGAUGGGAUGAAAUAUUUAUGGACCCCGUACGUCUGCAUGUUUACAGCGUUUGGUGUCUGUUCUCCAGAACUGUGGAUGACUGUAUUUAAGUGGCUCAAGCUGAAGUCCAUCCACCCUGCAUUACUGUCUUUGAUCCUGAGCACAGCGGUCCCUACAAUCAUUGGCUUGAGUUUGUGGCGAGAGUACUGCCCUCGUGUCUUAGCUGAGCUGUCAGACCUCCCUGAGUUCUAUGAUCCAGAUACAGUCGAGCUGAUCAGCUGGAUCAGGUCUCAGGCUCCUCUUGCAGCUGUCAUUGCCGGCAGCCCUCAGCUGUUAGGAACAGUGAAGCUGUGCACAGGUUUAGCUGUGACCAGCUUACCGCUUUACUCUGACGUCACCCUGCUGAAGAGGACUGAAGAUACAUAUCAGGUGUAUGCAAUGAGAUCUGCAGAGGACAUCUACAAGAUUCUGACCUCUCAAAAAACAAACUAUGUGAUCAUUGAGGAGUCCAUCUGUAAUGAGUUGAGUCUCCAUAAAGGCUGUAGGGUCAAAGACCUGCUCGACAUCUCAAAUGGACAUGUCGUCUAUGAUAAAGGGCAGAUGUUCUCUUUCUCAAAGCACGGACGAUUCUGCCAGGAGAUAAAGAUGAAUUACUCGCCGUACACAAAUUACUUCACUAGAGUUUUCUGGAACCGCUCGUACCACAUCUACAAAGUAAACUCUGUCAUCUCCUUUCAGUACUGACAGCAGCUUCUGCCUCUCUGCUGUUAGGACGUUACUCAGUGUUUCAGAUCAUAUCCACAAUGUUACACACAGAGGACUGCAGAAUGGCACUGCAGUUUGUGCUCAACAAAGUCUUAUCACUGUUCCCUUAAAAUCCCCAGUAAGAGUGAUGCGUGUGGAUUCAGACUAACUGGGAUCAGCUGAGAACUCAUACCUUAAGUUUGAUUGAGACAUCAUGGAAGGACUCUGUUAAAGUUGAAUUAUGGCGUUUUAAUCUCUGUACUGUAGUUUUUAAAACCAUAUGUUUCUGUUACUGUAACGAAUCUGCUGAAGAGAGGGGUCAAUGUCUGACCUUUGGUGUUCACUUUUUUUUGGCUGAAGAUGAGAGCAGCUGGGGUUGUGGAUAAAUUUUGCGACAACAGAUUGUUGGUAUAUUCUUUGAAACCUCCAGAGCAAUGAUUGCUAACAUGGCUAUGUUGAUUAUCCCCUUCAGAGUGAAAUGCCUGGACACCUGGGAUGUCUACGUCCACUGAGAUUUGCUCUUAAAUUAAUAAUCCCCAAAACAUCUGUGUAAUGUUUUCGUCCAUCCCCUUCGUGUAAUGUGCCAUUAUUAAGUCUGAAUUUUGUCUAACACUUUUUUUAAUGACUGAAUACUUAAAAAUGCUGAGUCCCACCAGCCUCUGUUGUUUUCGUUUUGCCCCUAAAGCAAUGGAUAGCUGAAAUUCUUAAAAUCUCACACUUGUGAAGAUAAUUCUCUGAGCAUCAUAAAGCAUGCUGUUUUGAAAUGCCUGACUGUAAAGGGGGAGAUGUGUUUUUUUAACAACUGCCAAAAGUGGGUGACAAAAGGUGAAGAAAUCCUGACUAGUGAAGAGGAAAUUCACUGGAGUCAUUUCUGUGUUCAACAGUCAGAGGAAUAUAUGAGAAGCUCUGGGAAAUAUUUGUAGCAUUGGAGAGAGAAUAUCAGGAAGAUCAGUAUUCAUGUAGUGGCAGACUGAACUGAAUAUGUAACGCGCACUUUUGCUAUAAAGCCACUGGUUUGUAAUGCAGUAGUUCUUUAGCAUUAUGUCUAAAAACACAGCAGCUCCAGGAGUCAUGGUAGUGAUUUUCAAACCCAGGACUUUAGAAGAAAAGGUUGUCCAUGUAAAGCUUCUCAUUUUUGUUUUGUCUUCAUCCUCUCCUUGUAUGACCCCCUUAUUUUUUAAUGCAUAAUCUGACUGACUUUCAUGUCUUAAUCGAUCACACUCUAUGUUCUGUCUGAUCAUGACCCCUCCUCUGGUUGUUAUCCCUGAAAUGCUGGUUGGAAAAUCCUGGUGCUGUUGUGCAGCAAUUGCCUAUUACUGUUUCUCUGCAAAGGCCACAUUGUAACAUACUGAAACAUGUAUGGAGAUGAAGGUUUGUGUAAGUUGAUGAAUAAAAAAUGGAUCAUA